GAUCUGUUCUAUAGGAUCGUACAGCUGCAUCUUUAACAAAUAAAGAGGCAAGCAACUCAAUCUGGUUGAUGACACGUGGUCUUGGGGUCAGGGCGUGAUUAACGGUUGAGAUCCAACUCUUCGGAUCAACGCUGUGGAGGAUCGUUCCAAGUCGAUUAUUAACGGCUUGGAUGAUCCCAAGACUUUCUGACAGAUGAAUCAUACUUUUUUGUUCCAAUGGUUUUUCUUCGCAAUUUUAGGGUUGCGCGCCGUUCUCCCAAUUUUGGAUUCUCCUUUUUAUGAAGGAAUCAGGAUUCGAGUAAUUUUUUUUGUCUGUAGUAUUUUCUUUUAAUAUUUUUUAGGUUUUUCGAUAGUUCUUUGGAGCUCCGUUUACCCGAUUUUGGAUUCUCUGUGUUGCUUCUAUGAAGGAAUCAGGCUUAGGGAUUAGUUGGUAAUGCUCUGAUUUCUAUUUUUCUUACCUUGAGAUCUUAGCGGAGAGCUGCUUCACAGUUGAAUUAUACUAGAGAUGAUUUUUUUUUUCUAACGGGAAAUUGUGGAGAAAUAUUUGAAAUUGAAGAAGUAUCGGUGCUGAUGAUUGAUUAACAACUUUGUCAGUUCCUGAUCCGUGGUGUUGGCCCUCCUUGUUCUUCUUGUUCUCUUCACUCGAUUGUUCAGAGUUCUGCAUGGUGAUACUCGAUUAUCGAUGUUUCUGCACUAAAUCCAAGUGAAAGAUGAGAUGGACGACUCAUCUGAAAGAAAGCUGAGUGAAGGGUCAAUACUGAAGGAUGUGCAAAGCGCAACAAUUGAAAAUAUUUCGAAGAAUGUUAUAUUCUGGAACGGAGAAGACGAACAAGAACCCAAAGUUGGAAUGGUUUUUGAAUCUUACGAUGAUGUUUUUAGAUUCUACAAAGAAUACGGGCACAGAAAAGGCUUCGGUGUCGUGAUCAAAAGGUCGUGGUUUCGAAAAGGGAAAUGUCGACGGGCUGAUCUUAGUUGUUGGAAAAGCGGCUGCGGAUCCAUCAAUCAACAAUCUUCUUCCAUCGCAAAACCCACAACAAAAACUAAUUGUCAAGCUAUGAUUACCGUUAGAAAUUGGAAGGACGACUUCCUAUUCAUAACAGAUGUUAUUCUCGAUCAUAAUCAUUCACUAAGCCCCUCAAAAGCUCGAUAUUUUCGAUGCAACAGAAAGUUACUGGCCAAAAAAUCAGAUUUUGUUGAUGAAACAGGUAUGGAUGUUUCAGGUAAGCCAUCACUUAAUCAAAAUGGAGAUAAAAUUGUGUCCUUGAAUUCUGUACAUAAGGAAGGGACUCUCAAACUUAAAGAAGGAGAUGCAAUAAAAAUUUGUGAAUAUUUUUCGGACAUGCAGAGGAAAAAUCCAAAUUUUUUCUAUUUGUUGGAUUGGGACGAAGAAGGCUAUCUAAGAAAUUUGUUUUGGGCCGAUGCCAAGUCUCGAUCAUCGUACGAUUAUUUCGGAGAUAUUGUCACAUUCGACACAACUUUUCUUCUUAACAAAUAUGACUCACCAUUUGUUUCUUUUGUCGGAGUUAAUCAUCAUGGCAAUCUUGUUUUAUUUGGUUGCGGCCUGCUCGCCGACAGAUCAUUGGAAAACUAUGUGUGGUUAUUCAAAGCUUGGUCGUCGUGCACCUCAGGGCGUUCUCCGAAAGGUAUUAUAACUGAUCAAUGUACGACUAUCCAACACGCAGUUUCUGAAGUUUUUCCCAAUUCUCGACAUAGAUUUUGCUUGUGGAACAUAUUGAAGAAAAUACCUGAAAAAUUAGGAUAUCUUGGUCAAUAUAGGAUUAUUAAGAAAGAAGUAAAGAGAAUAAUUUAUGAUUCAAUGAAAGUUUCAGAGUUUGAAGAUGGGUGGAAGACAAUGAUCGAAUAUUUUGGGCUCGAAACUCAUAGUUGGCUUCAUGAUUUGUAUGAAAGACGACAUUUUUGGGUUCCAGUUUAUCUUAAAAACAUAUUUUGGGCAGGAAUGUCAACCACACAGCGCCGACAAUCCAUAAGCUCUUACUUUGAUGAUUACGUAAAUUCUAAAACCUCUCUGCAGGAAUUCAUCAACUUAUAUGAAACAGCUUUAGAAGAUAACUACGAGAAAGAAGCACAAGCGAAUUUCGAAUCAUUUCAUGGUAGCCGUUACUUGUUGACGCAGUUUCCCAUGGAGGAAAAGCUCUCAAAGUUGUACACGUCAAAUAUGUUUCAGAAGUUUCAAGAGGAGCUUAAGGCCGCCAUCCAAUGCAAUGUUUCUAUAUUGAAGAUUGAAGGUUCAGUCACAUAUUUUGAAGUAAGAGAAUGUGGAUUUCGAAAAAAUGGUGAAGAUGGUAAAGGAGGCGGCUUUAAGAACUUUGAGGUUUUGUACAAUGCGUGUAGAAAUGAAGUCGAAUGUAUUUGCCAAGGAUUUAAUUUUGUGGGCAUUGUUUGUCGGCACGCCUUAUCAGUACUUAAAUUUUGUCAGGAAUAUAACCUUCCGUCUAAAUAUAUUCUCGACCGUUGGCGUAAAGAUUUCAAAUGUUUUCAUGCUUUUUCUCAUUGGUCUUCUGAUAAAGGGGCAGCGGCUACUAAUGAAUUGGAGAGCCUUGGAUGCACCCACUACCCCACAGCAUCCAAGCAGCAGGCCAAGCACCCGGCCAAGCACCCAGGAGCAUUUCGACGACGGCGCGCCCGCUCCGAUCCACAAAUUCAUCCCGAGCAAGCAAAAUAAUGAUGUGGAUAUGCGGCGUGAUCAUGCUGCCGGAAGGUUUCCGUGAAGUGAAGAGUGGCCGAAGAGGAGGAUUUUGGCGUGUGUUUCUCUUGUGGGAUCGAAAGGAAAGAUUUAGAGCAAAGUCCUGUAAGUUUCAUUUCUUGUAGAGGGAGAUCGAGUGAGUUUUAUGUACUUU